CACACUCACACAGAGCAGCAGCAAGACACCUGCAAAGCUGUGUAUGGAUGUUUGUAGGAGACCUUACGUGGGCACAGAGACCAUGGAGGAGGAGACUCGACGCUGUCAGGCUCCAAGAUGAAGCCAGACAGCUGCUUCUUUGCCAGAGUGAAGUUGCCUGAUGCUUAGGAGAAGCAGCUUUAUGACUGGAACAUCACAGAUUUGCUACAAGACCAGAGAAGCCGGGAUCACACACGACAACGCUGCCUCUCUAGGAUGUACAAAGACUACAGAUCAAGCCGAGUCACAGGACUCAACCCUCUGCCCUUCGAUCCAGCGGCCAACAACGACCCUCUCCAGUUCAACGGUUCCAGUGGGCCGCUGGUGACGGAGUGUCCUCCCCUGGAAAACACUGUUGAAAACACCAAGAAGAGGAAGAGAGCCAGCCUGCCUCCAGAAGGGAUCCAUAACAUGACCAUGGACUCCAACUCGAUACCGAUUCCCAUGUCAGAUCCCAACGCCUGGGCAACAGCCAUGAACAACCUGGGGAUGCCUCCCAUCGGCAUUACCGGACAGCCACUCAUGCCAGAUUUUGACCCCAAUCUCGGCAUGAUGGCUGGAAUUACCCCCAUGAACCCCAUGAUGCCCAGCCUAGGUAUGGUGCCUACAACCCUCUCGCAGGAUAUACCGGUUGUCAAGGAGAUCAUCCACUGCAAGACCUGUACCCUCUUCCCCCCCAACCCCAACCUUCCACCUCCAGCCACGAGAGAGCGCCCUCCAGGAUGUAAAACAGUGUUUGUUGGCGGUCUGCCAGAGAAUUCGAACGAGCAGCUCAUUAUGGAGGUCUUUGGACAGUGUGGCGAUAUCACCGCCAUCCGCAAAAGCAAGAAGAACUUCUGCCAUAUCAGAUUUGCUGAGGAGUUCACUGUGGACAAGGCUCUCUUCCUGUCUGGUUACCGUAUCCGUUUGGGCUCCAGCACAGACAAAAAAGACACUGGUCGUCUCCACGUGGACUUCGCCCAGGCCAGAGACGACCUCUAUGAAUGGGAGUGUCACCAGCGCAUGCUGGCCAGAGAGGAGCGGCACCGGCGCAAGAUGGAGGAGGAUCGUCUCCGGCCCCCUUCGCCUCCUCCCAUUGUCCACUACUCAGAACAUGAGUGCAGCCAGCUGGGAGAUAAGAUCAAAGAUGACUGCAAGUUUCCUGAAGCAGUGCGUGUGCUCUUGACCUGGUUGGAACGAGGCGAAGUCAAUCGUAGGAACGCCAACAACUUCUACUCCAUGAUCCAGUCCUCCAACAGCCACAUCCGCCGGCUGAUGGGUGAAAAGAGUCAGCAUGAGAAGGAGAUGGAAGAGGCCAAAGACAAGUUCAAGACUGCUCUGUCUGGCAUACUAGCUCAGUUUGAACAGAUUGUGUCUGUAUUCCAAGCUGCUUCCAAACAAAAGGCAUGGGACCAUUUCUCCAAAGCUCAGCGCAAGAACCUGGACAUGUGGCGCAAACAGACAGAGGAGAUUAGAAACAUGCACAACGAGCAGCUGAUGGGCAUCAGGCGAGAGGAGGAGAUGGAAAUGUCUGAUGAUGACAUGGAGGAUAUCCCUGACAGCAAAGACUCUGAGGACUCCGGUGUUUCUCAAGCAGAAGCCUUAAAGGAGGAGAAUGACUCCCUGCGCUGCCAGCUGGACGCCUACAGGAACGAAGUGGAGCUGCUCAAACAGGAGCAAGGCAAGAACCAACCAAUCAGGAGUGAGGAGGACAACACACAUUCGCAGCAGCUCAGCUUCUUACAGCAGGCUCUGCAAGGCAUGCAGAAGCAACUGUUAACAAUGAGGGAAGAAUUAAAACAGCGGGAAGCUGAGCUGGAGAAGAGUAUGGAGGACAAACAGCAGCUGAAGAACCAAGUCCAGAGCCUGAAGGAAGGACUGCAGAACCUGCAGCUGGAGAUGGCGAAGCAAGAUGACAGAGGCGGCGAUGAGAGCCCUAAUCAAACCAGUGAAGCUGCAGUAUCAACAGUGGUGUCCUGCAGUCAAGAGAAGGAAGGUCCUACAGAGAAGAAUCCAUCAAGUCCUGUCCACUCCGAGAGGGAAGCGCUGCUAGUUGGAAUCAUUUCAACGUUCCUGCACGUCCAUCCAUUUGGAGCCAGCAUCGAGUACAUCUGUUCCUACCUGCAGCGUUUGGACACCAAGAUUAACCCGAGCGAGGUGGAGGCUCUUCUUUCUCGGCUGCCCUGCACCUUCAGACAGGAACUGACCGGUGUUGGAGCCAGUCUGGAAAAACGCUGGAACUUCUGCGGCUUCCAGGGCAUCAAAAGCACAUAAACUCUGUUGGUGACACUUCUGGGACAUGGAAGAGACAACGGGCCGACACGGCAGCACAGCGGGGACACUGUAGACAUGUGAAAGUAACAGUAUAAAGCCCACAAAUAUCAAACACAGUGGACUAUACCUGACUGGACAAGGACACAGAAGACUAAGCACAGAUCUCAGAUUAGGAGGGGAUGUUACACAACUUCGCAUUUCAGGGACUCUGUGUAGAUGGCAGAGACGUAAAAACACAGCAUUUCCAUGGUUUAAAAGGAAUGUUGACAUCAAACCACGGUGACAAAGUCUUCAUGAGCUUGAACUCUCAGCUUCUAAGUGUCUGCAAAAUAUUUUUAGACAUGAAAAAUCUCUAGGAGACGCAGAAGAGCACUGAUUCCUACAGUCACUGGAUUAUUAUGUAGUUGUUGCCCACAUGGGCAGGGCAUUGUACUCUCCGAGCCUGCAGAUGUGUCAGUGCGGGCCAGGACUACAGGGCUAAUAUGCGAGGUUAUCAGGGUCUAACUGAAUACUUCAAACCUCAAAAGCCUUUGGCCUCCAUCUCUUCUCUUUUUUGCUGUUCCUGGUUUGUAACAUAGAUCAAAAAUGGAUAUAUUUCUUCAUUAUCUGUAAAGGCUGUUAACAGUUGCAUAGAAUCAUUUGUUGUAAUACACUGUAAAUGCUUGGAUGAUAUU